AUGAGCGAAGGGGUUGUGAGCAAGGAGCAGCGCAAGGCGUGCUGGGCAGCACGCGAUGAGUACUAUCACUGCUGCGCAACAAAGGGCAAGGAAGCAUGCGAUGACUUGAAGAAGAAGUUCUAUGAACAGUGCCCCACGGCAUGGGUGCGCCACUUUGAGCGAAGACACAUGUACGACCAGUACAGACAAAAACUGUUGACACAAGGCUACAAGCUCAAGGAGAAAGAAGACAGCGAAUCACCAUGA